CCCGGCCCCCCGCCAUCCCCGCGCCCCCUCCCUGCCGCCGGCCGAGAUGGCGGAUCCAGCCGAAUGCAGCAUCAAAGUGAUGUGCAGGUUCCGGCCCCUCAACGAAGCGGAGAUCCUCCGCGGGGACAAAUUCAUCCCCAAAUUUAAAGGCGAUGAGACCGUGGUGAUCGGGCAAGGGAAGCCAUAUGUCUUCGAUAGGGUGCUACCUCCCAACACGACCCAAGAACAGGUUUACAAUGCAUGUGCGAAGCAAAUUGUCAAAGAUGUCCUCGAAGGUUAUAAUGGGACGAUUUUUGCGUAUGGACAGACUUCAUCAGGAAAAACCCACACCAUGGAGGGGAAGCUGCAUGACCCCCAGCUCAUGGGGAUCAUCCCGAGGAUCGCACAUGAUAUAUUUGACCACAUCUACUCCAUGGACGAGAACCUGGAGUUUCACAUCAAAGUUUCCUAUUUUGAGAUCUACUUGGACAAAAUAAGGGACUUACUUGAUGUAUCCAAGACCAAUUUGGCUGUUCAUGAGGAUAAAAACAGAGUCCCGUAUGUAAAGGGGUGCACCGAGCGGUUUGUGUCGAGCCCCGAGGAGGUCAUGGACGUGAUAGACGAAGGCAAAGCAAACCGACACGUGGCUGUAACAAACAUGAAUGAACACAGCUCUAGAAGUCACAGUAUCUUCUUGAUUAAUAUUAAACAAGAAAAUGUAGAGACUGAAAAAAAACUCAGUGGGAAGCUUUAUUUGGUUGAUUUGGCUGGGAGUGAAAAGGUCAGCAAAACGGGGGCCGAGGGAGCUGUUCUUGAUGAAGCUAAAAAUAUCAAUAAGUCUUUGUCUGCUCUUGGAAACGUGAUCUCUGCCUUGGCAGAAGGGACAAAAACACACGUGCCAUACCGGGACAGCAAGAUGACUCGGAUUCUCCAGGACUCUCUGGGUGGCAACUGUAGAACUACCAUUGUCAUUUGCUGUUCUCCAUCUGUCUUCAAUGAGGCUGAGACCAAGUCCACGCUGAUGUUUGGACAGAGAGCUAAGACCAUCAAGAAUACAGUCUCUGUGAACCUGGAACUGACAGCGGAAGAAUGGAAGAAGAAAUAUGAGAAAGAGAAGGAGAAAAACAAAACUUUGAAGAAUGUUAUCCAGCAUCUGGAGAUGGAGCUAAACAGAUGGAGGAACGGAGAAGCUGUGCCUGAAGAUGAACAGAUCAGUGCUAAGGACCAGAAGAACCUGGAGCCUUGUGAUAAUACUCCCAUCAUAGACAAUAUUGCACCUGUUGUUGCUGGCAUCUCUACAGAGGAGAAGGAGAAGUACGAUGAGGAGAUCUCCAGUCUGUACAGACAACUGGAUGAUAAGGAUGAUGAAAUUAACCAGCAGAGCCAGCUGGCUGAAAAGCUAAAGCAACAGAUGUUGGAUCAGGAUGAGCUUUUAGCUUCCACGAGAAGAGACUAUGAAAAGAUACAGGAAGAGCUGACACGUCUCCAGAUUGAAAAUGAGGCAGCCAAAGAUGAGGUGAAAGAAGUUCUCCAGGCCCUGGAGGAGCUGGCUGUCAAUUAUGACCAGAAGUCACAGGAAGUGGAGGACAAGACCAGGGCCAAUGAGCAGCUGACAGAUGAGCUGGCCCAGAAAACGACUACAUUGACAACCACACAGAGAGAGCUGAGCCAGCUGCAAGAGCUUAGCAACCACCAGAAAAAGAGGGCUACCGAGAUCCUGAAUUUGCUGUUGAAGGAUCUCGGAGAGAUAGGUGGAAUUAUUGGCACAAACGAUGUGAAGACUUUGGCAGAUGUGAAUGGAGUCAUUGAAGAGGAGUUCACUAUGGCCCGCCUGUACAUCAGCAAGAUGAAGUCAGAGGUCAAGUCCCUGGUGAACCGCAGCAAACAGCUGGAGAGUGCCCAGAUGGACUCCAACAGGAAGAUGAAUGCCAGCGAGCGGGAGCUGGCAGCCUGCCAGCUGCUCAUCUCCCAGCAUGAAGCCAAGAUCAAAUCCUUGACAGACUACAUGCAGAACAUGGAACAGAAGAGGAGGCAGCUGGAGGAGUCCCAGGACUCACUCAGUGAAGAGCUGGCCAAGCUCCGGGCCCAAGAAAAAAUGCAUGAAGUCAGCUUCCAGGACAAGGAAAAGGAACACCUGACGCGCCUGCAGGAUGCUGAGGAAAUGAAGAAGGCGUUGGAGCAGCAGAUGGAGAGCCACCGGGAAGCCCACCAGAAGCAGCUGGCCAGACUUCGAGAUGAGAUCGAGGAGAAGCAGAAAAUCAUUGAUGAGAUUCGGGAUUUGAAUCAAAAACUGCAACUAGAACAGGAGAAGCUCAGUUCUGAUUAUAACAAGCUGAAAAUAGAGGAGCAAGAGAGAGAAGUGAAGCUGGAAGAGCUCUUAUUGCUCAAUGAUAAAAGAGAACAAGCCAGAGAGGACCUCAAAGGGCUGGAGGAGACAGUGUCUAGAGAGCUGCAGACUCUUCAUAAUCUCCGUAAACUCUUCGUCCAGGAUCUGACCACCCGAGUUAAAAAAAGUGUGGAGCUGGACAGUGAUGAUGGAGGGGGCAGUGCCGCCCAGAAGCAGAAAAUUUCCUUCCUGGAGAAUAACCUGGAGCAGCUCACUAAGGUUCAUAAGCAGCUGGUCCGGGACAACGCGGACCUGCGCUGUGAGCUGCCCAAACUGGAGAAGCGGCUGCGCGCCACCGCCGAGCGCGUCAAGGCCCUGGAGAGCGCGCUGAAGGAGGCCAAGGAGAACGCGCUGCGGGACCGCAAGCGCUACCAGCAGGAGGUGGAUCGGAUCAAGGAGGCCGUGCGAGCCAAGAACAUGGCCAGGAGGGCCCAUUCUGCCCAGAUCGCCAAGCCCAUCCGCCCUGGACACUACCCAGCAUCAUCUCCAACAGCUGUCCAUGCCAUCCGAGGGGGAGGAGGCGGCUCUUCAAACUCCACUCACUACCAGAAAUAAAUAUGAAAUCUGAUUCCACGUAGCAUGUCAAGGACUACAUUAAUCACCAAUUCCUUUAUUUUUUUCCCCCUCCUACACAGUUUUCAUUUUCUUUUACACUCGCUUACCCCAGCCAUCUGCAGUACACCAGUUUCAGGUAUUUUGAACUGUGUAGAAUUUCUGUGUGUACAGAUGUGUGCUUGGACUUUUCUCUUUCUGAGAAAUUUGAAGGAGAUGAUUACAGAGGAUCCACUUACUACUCAGAGCCAUUACCACUGACUUGGCCUCCGGGGCAUUGGGUGGUCUCUGGGCAGUCCCUGGAGCCCCCUCUCUUGGCAGUACACUGUCCCAUUGGAAUGCCCUAAUGUGCCAUUCCCUGCAGGGGGACAACCAAGUGCCGUGGAGGCGGGUGAUCACGCUCUGCCUCAACUGUCUGGUUUCCUGUAAGAUAGACACAUUUCUUUAUAUUUUUAGGGAACAAAAAAGUGCUGCUAUAGGGUUCAAAAUUUUCAUUCUGAACGUUUUUCCGAAACAAAUUACCCCAAAGAAGCAUUUUGAAUAUCCUGGUCACAUCUUUGGAUCUGUAACAUACACCUUUUAAUACGGCACCCGUUAAAAUGCAAAGCAGAUUUCUUCGAGGCAGAAAAACAAUCUCACAGUAGCAAUGUAGAAUUUGUUCAUCAAACGACACAUCUAUGUAAAUGCAAAAAGUCAUAAAAUUCACCUCCAAGCUGCUUGCUAUUGAACCUGCAGCGACUAGUCUUGGCCGGCCCAGUGUGAACAUCAUUCCUUCAGAAGUGUGGAAAAUGCCGCAAAGUUGGAUGAGCUGAAAUGGGGCUGCCCCCCUCCCUGCUUCUUCCCUUCUGAUCCUUCUGGAGCUUGCACUGUGGAUGGCCUCUUUCUCUGGGCAACUGUUCUAAGCUUGAGGGGGUGUUGCUGAAGAAAUCUAGCAUCCCUCCAGCAGUUGAAAAAGGAAGCCCUGGGGUUGGGGUUGGGGGAGUAAUUGACAAAAUUCUGUGCCUGUCUAUGAAUAAGUUGCCAUGAAUAAGUCGUAAUUUUAUCCCAUCA